UUUGAUGAAGUGCUGACUGCAGUAGGAUCUAUUGGGCAAUAUAGUUGUCUUGAAAAGGAAUCCGGCCGUACAGCUCCAAUUUUCGGCUCGCAGAAGAGGAGGCAGGUGACCGUCUAGCAGGCAGAGCCACCUCCGCUUGGCAGUCUGAACGCAAGGCACAUCGGUGGAAAACGACUGUAUAUUAGACCUUUAUUGUCGUAAUAGAUGUUCCAUAUUUAACUACAUGCCUUUUAAUUUAAUUGUUUAGUUAGUCAGUUCUCCCUCCGAGAUGGAUAGCGCGCACACGAAAUCCGCAUCUGAAGUUUUAGAGAACUUCGGUGUGAACGAAAACACUGGACUCACACUUGAACAAGUGAAAUCUAAUUUUGAAAAAUAUGGACCGAACGAGCUUCCGGCUGAAGAAGGCAAGUCCCUAUGGGAGCUGGUGGUGGAGCAGUUUGAAGAUCUCCUGGUCAGAAUCCUGUUGUUAGCUGCCUGCGUCUCCUUUGUGCUAGCUCUGUUUGAGGAGGGGGAGGAGACCAUCACAGCCUUCGUGGAACCUAUCGUCAUCCUGCUUAUCCUCAUCGCUAACGCUGUGAUCGGAGUCUGGCAGGAGAGGAAUGCGGAGAACGCCAUCGAGGCGCUGAAGGAGUACGAGCCAGAGAUAGCCAAGGUGUACCGCAUGAACCGCAAGGCUGUCCAGAGGGUCAAAGCCCGGGAAAUCGUGCCUGGGGACGUUGUAGAGAUUGCCGUUGGUGACAAGGUCCCUGCUGACAUCAGGAUCACCUCCAUUAAGUCUACCACCCUAAGAGUGGACCAGUCUAUUCUCACAGGCGAAUCUGUGUCAGUGAUCAAACACACCGACCCCGUCCCUGACCCCAGAGCUGUCAAUCAAGACAAGAAGAACAUGCUGUUUUCUGGCACCAACAUCGCUGCGGGGCGAGCCAUCGGCAUUGUGGUCUCCACUGGUGUAUCCACCGAGAUCGGUAAGAUCAGGAACCAGAUGGUAGCCACGGAGCAGGAGAAGACCCCCCUGCAGCAGAAACUGGACGAGUUCGGAGAGCAGCUCUCCAAGGUCAUCUCCCUGAUCUGCGUGGCCGUCUGGAUCAUUAACAUCGGCCAUUUUAGUGACCCGGUCCACGGGGGGUCCUGGAUGCGGGGGGCCAUCUACUACUUCAAGAUUGCUGUGGCCCUGGCUGUGGCUGCCAUCCCUGAGGGUCUACCUGCUGUGAUCACCACUUGCCUGGCGCUGGGAACCCGCCGCAUGGCCAAGAAGAACGCCAUCGUCCGCAGCCUGCCCUCGGUGGAGACCCUGGGCUGCACCUCCGUCAUCUGCUCCGACAAGACCGGCACCCUCACCACUAACCAGAUGUCUGUCUGCAAGAUGUUUGUGGUGGAGAAGGUGGAGGAUUCCAGCUGUGCUGUCCAUGAGUUCUCUAUAACUGGCUCAACCUACGCCCCUGAAGGACAAGUGCUGAAAGGGGACAAGGUGGUGCAGUGUGGAGAUUAUGAUGGACUUCUGGAGCUGGCCACUGUCUGUUCCAUGUGCAACGAUUCUUCACUGGACUACAAUGAGGUCAAAGGAGUGUAUGAGAAGGUGGGUGAGGCGACAGAGACGGCCCUCACUACACUGGUGGAGAAGAUGAACGUGUUCAAGACUGACGUGUCAGGCCUCAGCAAGGUGGAGCGCGCCGGCGCCUGCAACUCCGUGAUCAGACAGCUGAUGAAGAAAGAGUUUACUCUGGAGUUCUCUCGGGACCGCAAGUCCAUGUCUGUGUACUGUACCCCCACCAACAAAACAGGCUCUGGGUGCAAGAUGUUCAUCAAGGGUGCCCCAGAGAGUGUGAUGGAGCGUUGCCAGUACCUGCGUGUUGGCACAGGGAAGGUGGCACUGACCAUGCCCCUGAAAGAGCAGCUCACCUCCCUGAUCAGGGACUGGGGCACGGGCAGGGACACGCUGAGAUGCCUGGGCAUGGCCACACGGGACUCGCCACCUAGACAACAGGACAUGGAUCUGGAGAACUCCACCAAGUUUGCUGAGUAUGAGACGGGCCUAACGUUCAUUGGCUGUGUGGGUAUGCUGGACCCGCCCAGGAAGGAGGUGAUUGGUUCCAUCCAGCUGUGCGCCGAGGCGGGCAUCCGUGUUAUCAUGAUCACCGGGGACAACAAGGGCACGGCCGUGGCCAUCUGCCGACGCAUUGGUAUCUUCGGCGAGGAUGAGGAUGUAGUGGGCAAGGCCUACACGGGCCGAGAGUUUGAUGACCUGCCCAUAGACUCCCAGAGAGACGCUGUGAAGAGGGCACGGUGCUUUGCCCGCGUGGAGCCUGCCCAUAAGUCUAAGAUUGUGGGCUUCCUGCAGUCGUUUGAUGAGAUCACUGCCAUGACUGGUGAUGGGGUGAACGAUGCGCCAGCCCUGAAGAAGGCAGAGAUUGGCAUUGCCAUGGGCUCGGGCACAGCUGUGGCGAAGUCAGCAUCUGAGAUGGUUCUGUCUGACGAUAACUUCUCUACCAUCGUGGCGGCUGUGGAGGAGGGCAGGGCCAUCUACAACAACAUGAAGCAGUUCAUACGAUACCUCAUCUCCUCCAACGUGGGAGAGGUCGUCUGCAUCUUCUUGACGGCCAUCUUGGGUCUUCCUGAGGCUCUGAUCCCGGUCCAGUUGCUGUGGGUCAACCUGGUGACAGAUGGUCUCCCUGCGACUGCCCUGGGCUUCAACCCCCCAGACCUGGACAUCAUGGACAAGCCGCCCCGCAACCCCAAGGAGCCCCUCAUCUCUGGGUGGCUGUUCUUCAGAUACCUGGCCAUCGGAGGGUAUGUUGGUCUGGGCACGGUGGGUGCUGCCACCUGGUGGUACUUGUUUGAUGAUGAAGGUCCUCACGUGUCCUUCUACCAGCUGAGGCACUUUAUGCAGUGCUCGGAGGACAACCUCAUGUUCCAGGGCAUCGACUGUGAGGUGUUUGAGUCUCGUUUCCCCACCACCAUGGCCCUCUCCGUGCUGGUCACCAUAGAGAUGUUCAACUCCCUCAACAGUCUGUCAGAGAACCAGUCCAUGAUCAGGAUGCCUCCGUGGGUCAACUUCUGGCUGCUGGGAGCAAUCUUCCUCUCCAUGUCCCUGCACUUCCUCAUCCUCUACGUUGAGCCGUUGCCUCUGAUCUUCCAGGUGAUCCCUCUGACCUGGUGCCAGUGGAUCGUGGUCCUAAAGAUAUCAUUUCCUGUCAUCCUAUUGGACGAGGCCCUCAAGUACAUCUCCCGCAACCACUUAGACGACAACGACGACAAGAAGUACAGGAACAGGCAGCUAAAAUAUUAAGACUCUCUCUAACACACACACACACACACAUGUUCACAUAGGCCCAGGAAAGUGUGAUGAAAACUACAAAACUCACCCAGGACUUAAAAACUUUCCACUCAUCGCUUUUGACUCUGUACAGUAACAUAGUGGUGCAAUAGGUAGACCAUGGAGAGAGAGAGAGAGAGAGAGAUGGGUAGGAGGAGAGUGGAGAAUUGUGAUGUCUACACACACAGAGAGAGAGAGAGAUGGGUAGGAGGAGAGCGGAGAAUUGUGAUGUCUACACACAGAGAGAGAGAGAGAGAGAGAUGGGUAGGAGGAGAGCGGAGAAUUGUGAUGUCUACACAGAGAGAGAGAGAGAGAGAGCGAGAGAGAGAGAGGGGCAUAACCUGGAGGCUACAGACAGACUUGAUGGUACCAACAACAGACAGACACUGGCAUGCAGGAGAAGAUACUACCAACAGGCAGUAAGAGGAACCACCCUGCUCGGCCUGAGGUGCCCACCCCCCCAUGCCAGAUGUCUGUGGCAGACUGCUCUGGGUGUAUCCAGUACUCAUGUGUCCAUCCCACCCCAUAUGAACCCUUCGGUCUGCCAAGGCUUCUGUCAUUCAGAUCCACAGUAUUGUCAGUGGUCUGUGCUGCUCUGCCAGGGUCAUGGUAGUCAGACCAUCA